AUGGACCGAGCCACGCCUCGCUCUAAUCCAAACUAUGACGUGUACUUCUCCGACGAAAAGAUCAAGACCGUGGUGGAAAGAUGUCUUCCUUUUGUCGAGGGCGAUCAGAUGAUCAUCGAGCACUUGCCGUCGGGAAAGUCCUUCAACAACCGAAUCUACUUUGUCAACCUCACCGAACCUGUUCGCGUCCUGCGACCCGAGUGGAACGGAAAUGAAGUUGAAGUGACCAAAACAGCGACCCAGAUCCAGUCCUCAACUUUGGUGCUGAAGAUAGCCGGUCAUCCUUUCGGACGAAACAAAGUCCAGAAUGAGGCUGCCGGCCUGCUUCUCCUAGAAAAGUACUGCCCGUCCAUCCCGGCUCCGAAAUUGCUUGCCUGGUCGGACGACGGCAAGAAGGUCCGGACGCCUCAAUAUCCCCGCGGCUUCAGAGACACGCAACCAAAGAACAUUCCAGUCCUAGCGAUCCAAGCUGAGGACGGCGUCCCGAUCGAAGAUGUUCGCAAGGACACCGAGGGACAAGGCUGGAUCUUGAUGACACGCGAACCUGGAAGGCCCAUCAAUCCAGAUGAACUGUCAGGCAGCGCCGGAGAUGAAUUGAUGCGCCAAAUUGCUGUGCAUGUGGCUACAUGGCGGAAGAACCUUCCCCCAGCAAAAGCAGUAGGCAAUCUGCGAAUUGUUAGGAGCAAUUCGACUCCCCAGCCUGCCGCCGUACGCUAUGACAAGGCCAUUCUGCCGGGCUACGAGGUCCAUAUUGAUGGACUCAUAACCAACAAUCCUCCACUGUCUCCGCUGACAUCAUCAGAGAAGUAUCACACCUUCGUGCUUAAAAACUCUCUGAAACGGCUCAAGGACGGGAAGCUUUAUGCUCAUACCUCGGACGAAGUACACGAGCUGGUGAAGCGCAUGGUUGAUAACUCACUUCCAAAACUUCCAAUCUUUCGCGACGGCGUUGAACCAAUGAUAUUCACGCAUGACGACCUUUCCACUCGCAACGUUCUUGUCUUGCCUGACGGAUCUGGUGGUGUCAAGGUUUCAGCCAUCAUCGAUUACGAGUUUGCGGGCUUUUUCCCAAAGGAAGUGGAAUUCGCCAAUACUCUUCAAAACGAUCAGGAGGAGUGGCCGAUCAAAAAGUACGCUGUUUUCUUGUCCGAGUUGAAGGACCGUGAAGCCUUGCCAGAUGCUUUGGCACAAAAGAUCCCACCGCCAUCCUCCGUCGGAAAUGCCGGGGACAAAUGUUUCGAGUUUGGGACUGGCGAAUUUCACCAAGCCGUGCUCCUCUUACGCACCACGAUCAACACUGCGCCGUGGUGGAUUACGGAAGAGAAAGGGUUCAAUGAAGAGCAACUGCAGGAGGAGAUGGAGGCUGCCAAAGCCAGGGUUGAGAAAGCCGUCGGGUGGUUGGAAGAGAUGGUGCCGGCAGAGGAGAGGGAGAAGCGGACCCGACGCCGGACUAGCAGCUCACGAGGCUGA